AUGAACAGUCAAAAUGUCAUAAAAGCAGCAAGUCAGCAGAAGAACAAAGAAGAACAAAGAAAAAGGAAUGAUAUCUUAUUUUCCUCUCAAGUUGCUCAAAAGAAAGAGGCAGAAGUUACAGAAAGGUUCCUUUUGUGAUGUUAUGGACUAAUACAGUGCCAUGUACCAUAUAUCCAUUCAUGACAUAUCUGCACCAUCUUCAAGAAGUGGAGGUGGGAAACCGACACCUAACUGAUAUGGCUAUGGCCAGUGUUUCCGAUUGUAUAUAUAACGUGCAGUUGCGAUCCUUGGUGCAAUUCAUUCAUUCACCCCCAACCCUUCAACGGCCAGUCUUCGGCACUACCAUCUAUCAUUUGACAAAGUAACAGUUGAACAUAUUACAUGUCAAGUAGUUAAUCUCAGAAUCUUGCAUCUUAAUGGAGAACCGGUCUGUGUCAAUGGGAAUCAAAGUGUCAUUUCUCGACAUGAAGAUCCUGUACCAGAUUACACAAUCAGCCUUGGAGAUAUUCCCUUGGCCGAUCUUACCAGUGAUGUUACCAGUGACGGAUCUUACCUUGACCGAUCUUACCAGUGACGGAUGAAACCAUUGGUCAAAUUGUAUCUUUGCCAUCUUCAGACUGUGAAGCUGUGUAUACAGGUAGAAUUCAGGGUCUUAAGCAUCUUUGGAAAGAGAAAUUCAAUCGUACUCAUCUUCAUUUUGCUGAUAGGGCGCACAAGAUUGAAUCCAUGAUAGGGAAGAUUCGCAAAGAAGCUGGAAUGAGAUGGCUCGAUAAAAUCUUAAUCUCAACUGGGUAGUAUGAUCUCAAAAAUUUGCCAAUCACCAAAGCAACAUAGAAAUCUUAGACAUGCUGCAACCCUCGCUGAUUCACUGGUAAAGAGUAUUCUUUACCAGUGAUUCACUCGUAAGAUUUAUAUGUUACUUGGUUGGCUCAGUUGAUGCUGUUUUAACUAAUGCUUAUGUAUUCAAACUACUCAGGCAAGAACAAGCUGCUGAGGGAGAUAACGAAAUUUGUGGUCACUUGAAGAAUUUAGUGAGGAUGCUUUUUCUAUCAACAUUACUUAUACUCGCCGACAUAUUUAGUCAGUCCGCAUUCACAAGUGAAGCUACACAGUCUGAUCUGUAUCCAUUAUGGGAUGACAAAGCCAAUGUAGAUAAAUUUAUUGGAAACAUAACAAAAAUGGCAUAA